AUGUCUCAAGCAGCAGCUGAGCAGGUUGCGAGCGGAAGCGGAAGUGGAGGAGCGGUGCCAGCAUGGCGCCAUUUCAGCUUCUACGAUGCCACCAGGCUCUCUGAUGCGGAGGAUCUGGCCCUGCCUCCUCGAUCGCUGCGCAACGCCACGCGCAUCGUCGCUCUCACCUCGUCCAUCGUCUGUCCACCGCUCCCUGCCUCGCAAGAUGCUCGGACAGAGGAGCCGCACGAGGUGCACAGCGACAGCAACGCAGCCGCGCCAGCUCCCUCGUCGCAUCCAGAUGGCUGCAUCAUCUCUGCGCAAGUGGAUGGUAGGGCUGAGGUGCUCCAUCCGCGCACCUACGCUACCCUCGCCAGCUGGAACAUGUUCCCGGGCGGCCGAGCAACGCACUUGUCUGUGGAUGGCAAGGGGAGACUGGUAUCGAUCGGAGAAGAGGCUGCUGCGCGCUUUCCCGUACUGAGGAUCUGGGAUCUGAGACGAGUGCAGCAGCAGCAGCAUCAUCAUCAGGGCGCAGCGACGUGGGCUCCGCUGCUGCUCGCUUCUGCCAGAGUGCAGCAUGGAAGCAAGCCUUUGCCUGUGGCAGCCUUGGCGCACACGCCUAGCCUCACUUACCUCUCUGUAGCGCUAGCCGAUGGCUCGGUCUUGCUGCUCCGCUCCGUCGAUGCGUCUCUCAGCGGGCCUAUCACCAGCACCGCGAACGUUGCAAACAGCGGUGCAUUGCGCGGAGACAGCUUAGCGGCGCCGGCAUUCCAGCUGCCCAAGUUCAAAGUCGUCUUUCAGCCUUCGAGCGCAAAGUCGGCCAAUGCAGCAUCCGCAGCAGAGAUUGUCACUUCGCUAGGCUUUUGCGAAGUGGUGUCUGCCAGCAGACAAGAUGAGGGCAAGGCGGCUGCAGCUGCAGCUGCUGCUGCUACGCACAUCGCCUCUCGUCAGCGCCUCAACGCUCGCGGCGAGCUGCCCAGAUCGGCGAUGCGCAAACAGCAAGGGCAGCAUCUGCAAGAGCCGUUGCAGAGCGCCAGCGCGGUGCACCUGCUCAUCGUGACGCUCGAGCGCGUGCUGCGGUACAAUGUCCUUGGACCAUCCGCCGGCAACCCUCCUGCCGUGGUGGACGACGUUGGUUGUGCCCUCUCUUGCGGAGUCAUGGUGGAAGGGCCUCUGCUCGCACCAUCCUCUGCCUCGACGGUCGAUCAGCAAUCUGCAUUGCAGGGCAAGAUGGUCAUCGCGAGGCAGGAAGCCAUCUACAUUGUCGGUGCUGAAGGAAGAGAAGUUUGCUUGGCUUAUGAUGAGCCCAAACGGUCCGUGCACCUCCUCAAGACUCACCUCGUCAUCAUCUCGCCGCCCGUCCCCGCCUCUGCACUCUCCGCGCAGGCUCGCAAGCCUGCGUCUUUAGCCGAUCCGGCCGCUGCUAAUCUUGGGCGACGCGGAAGUAGUGCACCGAAAGAGGUGGUCAAUGUCACCAUCUUCGAUUUGGUGAACAAGCUGAUCGUUUUCAAAAAGGCUUUUGAUGGGGGUGUCAGGAUGGCGUGGACAGAUUCUAUGGGCGAUAUCGCGGUGCUCAGCGACGAUGGCACGCUCACGAGACUGGAAGAAAAGGGUUUGCAGGCAAAGUUGGAGAUGCUGUUCCGCAAAAGCUUGUACCUGCUUGCCAUCAGCGUGGCCAAGUCGCACCGCGCCAAGAGACCCGUGCUGGGCAAUGACUCGCAUUCAGCCGCUGUGCGCACCUCGGAAGGCCAGCCGGACGAUCAACUGCUGGGAGAAAUCUAUCGCCGGUAUGGCGAUCAUCUGUACGCCAAGGGGGACUACGAUGGUGCGAUGGCGCAAUUCGUAAAGACCAUCGGUUUGGGCACGCAACCGAGCUACAUCAUCCGACAGUUUCUGGACGCUCAGCGGAUCGCUCAUCUCACAACCUACCUACAAGAGCUGCACGCGCGAGGUCAGGCCAACUCGGAUCACACGACGCUGUUGUUGAACUGCUACACCAAGCUCAAAGACGUUGCAUCUCUCGACCGCUUCAUCAAGCGACCCGUGACGCGCAAGCAACCUGGACAGGAUGACACGGGCGACGAUGUCUUCCACGAAUCGGACGUGGAUCAGGAUCGCGACGAGCUGCCCUUCGACUUGGCUACGGCGAUGCAGGUCUGUCGACAGGCCGGUUAUCACGGCCACGCAGCAUACUUGGCAAAGCGGUAUCAUCGGCACGAAGAUUACCUGCAGAUCCAACUGGAUGACGUGCAGGACUACGACGAGGCUCUGACCUACUUGCGCACGCUAUCCCCGCAGGAUCUGGAGAUGCACCUUCAGCGCGUCGGAAAGACGCUAUUGGCGAACCGUACUACUGCGACGACCGAUCUGCUGAUAGAGUUGUGUUCCGGCGCUUUCUCACCCUCUCCUAUCGCCAUUGGCUCGGGCGUCGAUGCGGCUCCUCAGGCACCAUCCACGGCAGCUGCGUACCUUUCCUAUUUGCAGAUUGGCAAUUAUGCCAAACAGAGCACAGCAGACAACGUGAAUGGAGCAGCAAAAGCGGCACCAUCCUCCGACGCUCCGCCAUACUCGAUCGAAGGCGAUGCGGGAGAGCAGCAAUCCACCACGAUGCCGACAUACCACACCCCAUCUCCUCGCGUCUUUUUCGCUCAAUUCAUCCGGCACUCUGCGCAAUUCAUCCGCUUCUUGGAGACUGUCGCGCUGGCCAGAUGGGGGCAGAGUAUCAAUGAGGAUGAGGUGCUGGAGCCUCGAGACGCCCCCCUUAAGCCUGGCGUGCUGGCCAUGAUGGAUGCGCCGGGACAAGACCUGACAAAGAGUCUGCGGCAGCUAGGCAUGGAACCUGGCGAUGACAAGUACGAAGAGGAAGAGAGCGGCGAUCAGCGAGCCAUUUGGAACACUCUGUUGGAGCUGUACCUCGCCUCUGCGCGCGAGAGAAGUGGACGAGACGGCAGCGGGCAGAAUGGUACGGCUGUCAUGGAAGGAUCGCCCGAUGAGCGGCUCGAUGCGACGCAGCGCAGAGCGAGAUCGGACAGAGCGCUGAGGUUAUUGGAGCAGCACGAAGCGUUGCCGUACGAUAUCACCCACGCUCUGGUAGUCUGCACGACGGAAAAUUUCGAGCGUGGAUUGGUGCUGCUUUGGGAGAGGCUGGGCAUGUACGAAGAUGUGAUGAAGCUUUGGAUGGAUGUGGGCAGUGCUGAAGCGCACGCCGCUGGCGGAGCGAAAGCUGGAGCAGCGAAGGAAGCGAGUCAUCGAGUCAUGGCCUGCCUGCGACGGUAUGGCGCUCUGCAACCGCACUUGUACCCCAUCGUGCUGCAGUACCUGGUGUCGGAUCAGAGCAUCCUUGCGAAUCAUCAAAAGGACUUGUUGCAGGUCAUUGCGCACAUUGAAGAGGAGAACAUCAUGGGACCGUUGGAGGUUGUGCAGGCCCUCGGACGGACAAGGGUCGCUACCGUUGGACUGCUUCGCGAUUAUCUCAGUCGAACGGUUGAGCAGGAACGUCAGGAGAUCGAGGCUGACCAGAACCUGAUCACGACGUACCGAGGCGAGACGUCGAAGAAGCUGCAAGAAAUGUCGGAGCUGACGGAUGCGAACCAUCCGCGAGUGUUCCAGAUGACGAAAUGCACGGCUUGUGGAGGUCAGCUCGAAGUGCCCUCUGUGCACUUUAUGUGCAGACACUCUUUCCAUCAUAGGUGUUUGGGCGAUGGAGAGAAUGAGUGUCCAGCUUGUGCUAGGGCGCACGCGACGGUGCGAGAGAUCAGAGCGAACAAUGAAGAGAUUGGAUCUAGGCACGAUCUCUUCUUGCAGCAAGUUCACAAUGCGGACGAUGGCUUCGAUGCCAUCGCCAACAUGUUCUCCAAGGGAUUGUUUGGCGCAAAUAGGCUGAUAUGA